UUGCCAGGAAGUCACAGCGUGUCCUGGUUUUUCCAUCAGCUUCUCAGCAAAAGCAGAAUGAGUGGCAGAGUGGCGCAGGGCCGCCUCCAUGUUCUGCAGAUCUACCGCCUGCUGCAGUAUGUCCGUGAAGGAGACAAGGUGCAGAUUGAGAAGAUUGUGAACUUUGGAGUGAAAAACCUCAUCAAUCUCAUAGAGCCACAGGAUGGCAUUGGGGUUCUUCACAUGGCGGUUUCGGCAAACAAUCACGACCUUGUUGGCUUCCUUCUGUCUCAUGGAGCACAGCCUGAUGUCCAGGACAAGAGGGGACGUACUCCAAUUAUGUUGGCUGCUGAGUUGGGCAAUGAAGUUAUUGUAGCUCUGUUGGCAGAGAAUGAGGCUGACCUGGGGCUCGUGGAUGCGGAGGGCAAAGGUGUGCUUUUCUACUGCAUCUACCCCACCAAGCGCCACACCCACUGCCUGCAGGUAGCGCUGAAGAGCCAAGCAGAUCCAAACAACAUAUCAACAGACGGGAUUCACGUCUUCCAGCUUAUGUGUGAAAAAGCCCAUGUGUGCACCCCUUUGUGUCUCAUCAUGCUGGACGCGGGGUCCGACCCCAAUGCCACAAAUAAGGAAACAGGUGCCACAGCGUUAAUGGAAGCAGUAAAAGCAGGCUCCUUGCAGCUUGUUAGAACAAUUCUCAGGAGAGGGGGAAACCCAAACUCCCAGGACAAGAAACGCUUCACUGCAGUUCACUACGCAGCCAUGUGGGGGUUUUUUGAGAUAAUUCAGUUGCUGUCUGCAUACUCAGCAGAUAUGGGAGUGAUCAACCAAGACAGCUGCACACCUUUACACUACGCAGCUGCCAUAGGAAAUGCUAACUGCUGCAAGUUCCUCGCUCAGAGAGGUUGUAAUCCGAAACUGAAGAACCAGGAAGGCUUGCUGCCUCGUCAGAUUGCCAAAGACUCCGGUCACAAAGCAGCAGCCAAGGAGCUGAGGAAAGCGGAAAGGGUGUUUGGGAAAGGCAACAAAUCCGGUGGUGGAAACCUUCUGUCAGAUGUCUGGGCCCUGACACUCCAUGACUGGUCUUUUGAAUAUGAGGACGAAUUAUGGCAAGCCAUUGGCGAAAAAGCCGAAACAGUUGACACAGACACGUUUAUUUCUGUGCUCGAGGAGCUACAAGCUCCAGUUGUCCUAGACCAGCUUCAAACCGUCAUCUCAGCCCAUGACAAGAAAGGGGAUGGGUGUAUCAACAUCACUGACUUCAUCAAAGGUGUCAAAUAUAUCAAGAAAGCCUUUCUCCUUUCCUCCUAUAUGCCUAAAAAGAAAAAGGGGGAAAAGGGGGGGAAAGGAGGGAAGAAGAAGGGUAAAUUUGUCCUCCCCAUGCCCGUUUGCACCGUUCCUCCAGAUCUCAUGGUCCGCCGGCCGGACGGAGGCCCUCCCCGCUUCAUGAUUGAGAUGUUCUACAACUGCUCAGACAUUCACAGAUUUGACAGUAAUCACCCACCGCAACAUCCCAUAAUUAACGAUUCAGGGUGGUACAUCGAAAAGCCUGACAAGGCAUACAUCAAUAUCAACUACUGUGUGAAAAGUGCCAAUUUGGAAACUCUAGACCUGGCUUUCAGCCAGGGGGUACCGGUGGAUGUUCACGAUCAGUUUUACAAGACACCACUGAUGGUGGCCUGCUCCUGUGGCAACUACGAGGUGGUUCAGUACCUUCUCAGUCACGGAGCUGAUGUCAAUGCGUGUGACCAGUUUUUCUGGACACCCCUGCACCAUGCGGCCAAUGCAGGACAAGUGGAGAUUGUUGAACUUCUGAUCAAGGCCGGCGCCUCUGUCAAUGCUGAGGCCCUGGGUGGAGGCACGCCUCUCAUGAGGGCCAUCGAGAGCUCGAAACCUUCGUGUGUGAGCUGCCUCAUUAAGGCGGGAGCCAAUGUGAAUGCAGAGAACAAGAAAGGACAAGAUUGCCAUGACAUCGCACUAGCUUUUGGAGACUCUAAAAUAUGCAGCUUGGUCAAAGACAAGAUGGAUUCUACGCCUAAAUCAAAAGACGCAUCAAAAGGAAAGGGGGGUAAAUCCCAAAAGCCUGCUGCAAAAAAGAGUGCUGCUUCAGAAGGGUCAGUGCGCAAAGAUACAUCAACAUCAGGAAAAACCACACAGAUGGAUUCAAAGAGCAUCAUCCUGCAAAACUCAAUGAUCACUGAAGGGCAAACUAACACUGUGGACAUCACCUUUGUGCCAAAAACGGUUUGGGGGAAGCCGCCCACUACCAGCCAGCUGAUGUCAAAAAUAGAGAGACAGAGGGAACGCGUAUCCCUUGAAGUGGACUUUGACAAUUUUGUGAUGCCUUUCAGCCACAACAUCCAGAUGAAGAUUCUGGAGUUGGCAAAAACCAAACGCUAGACUAAAAGGCAGAGAGAUUCAAAUAGCUAAUCAGCUGAUGGAUCUAUCUAUCUAUCUAUCUAUCUAUCUAUCUAUCUAUCUAUCUAUCUAUCUAUCUAUCUAUCUAUCUAUCUAUCUAUCUAUCCAUUUCCGUUUCCG